GAUGCCCCAACAGUUGCAUCAACCCUGAGGAAUGCAUGAUUCUUUAUGGUGAUGACCAGGGGUGUGUGAAUAUCUUGCUUUUGUCUUCUGUGAGGGAACUCCUGCGAAUGUGGAAGAAACUGUCAAAAGUUGAAAACCUGCCUACUACUGGCAUUGAGAAUGCUAUUCUUUCACCAAAUGUGACUUACAUUCGUUGGAAAGUGCAUGGAGACUGGGUUACACAGUUGCAAUACUAUGAUUCCAUUAAAGCAGUGAUUUCUACCUCCAACCAUGAACCUACAGCCUUAGUAAUAGGAUGUACUGUGGGAACUACUAAUGUUGAGCAGCAGAUGAAAGAAAUAAAGGACUGUGGGAAAGAUUCAAAAGCAAGAAAAGGGCAAGUGAUACAUAGAAUCCCUUCAAAGAGAGCUGAGAGGGAUCAGACUGUGUUUCAAGUCUACAAAGGAGUAAAAACAUUUGCAUUCUGUAAAAAAAACAACCUUGUAGUGACAGGUGGAAUGGAUCGAAUCGUCCAGAUGUGGAACCCUUACAUGUCUAGACAACCAACAGGCAUGCUCAGAAGUCACACAGCACCGAUCUGGGAUAUUGUGGAUCAGACCUGUUUAUUUACAGCACUGCAUGUCACUACACCCCAGGCACCAGAUUGCUUUAUGUUGCUGCUCACUUGCUCUUCUUUAUCUAAGAAUAAGGUCUCCUCUAGAGCCCCACUUGAUUGUUUCUCAUAAGGAGCCAGUUCUGUGCUGCAAAUACAACAAAGAGUUCAGGCAUGUGGUGAGCUGCUCAGAGGGAUCGGUGGUAAAAGUAUGGGAUUUUGAAACUGGGAAGCAUUUGUUUGAGUUUAGUGGUGCUCACGGAGGUGCUGCAAUAACCUGCUUGACCUUUGAUGUCAGUGGAAGAAGAUUAAUUACUGGAGGAAGAGAUGGAUGCUUGAAAAUAUGGAAUUACAACAAUGGACUUUGUUUGAAUACUUUGAAAAGGGGUAUAUCAUAGCUGUUGGAUGGGACAGAAGAAUAAACAUGUAUUUUGACUCUGCAGACAAUUUUCAUCACUUUCAGAAACCUCAACCCUAUUGGCAAGAUGAUAUAGUA